UUCAACUGCCUGAAGGUUAUGCCACGGCAGCCAUUUUGGACAUAUAUGUGGAUGUGGUGUGGAUAUUCCCCCUCAGCGAUCAGUUUGUUUUGUGAUAGUAUUUUGAAGUUUUCUGAUUACAGACAACGUGCACACAUCGAAAAUGCAGUCGAAACAAAUUCACAGGAAUUUAACGCAAGUGAAAUUGGAGAAUAUUUCUCCGGUAAAAAGAGAUUAUACGGCGGAUCUGGAAGGAAUCCUGACUGGUGAAGAAGGUGAAGCCCUGAUAGUGGAUAUUAAAAAUUUUCGCAGGCCGGGAGAGAAGACCUACACGCAAAGAUGCAGGCUCUUCGUUGGCAAUUUACAUAUAACGGAAGAAGAUUUCAAGAAAUUGUUCCGAAAGUAUGGGGAAGCUUCAGAGGUUUUUAUCAACCAGGACCGCGGGUUUGGUUUCAUUCGUUUGGAAACCAGGACAUUGGCUGAAAUAGCAAAGGCUGAACUUGAUGGUACCAUGCUGCUGAAUCGACCUCUACGUAUUCGCUUUGCUACUCAUGGAGCUGCCUUGACCGUGCGGAAUCUUUCUUCAGUUGUUUCUAAUGAGUUGCUGGAACAGGCCUUUUCUCAGUUUGGACCAGUAGAAAGAGCAAUAGUUAUUGUUGAUGAUCGUGGGAAGCCUACAGGGAAAGGUUAUGUGGAAUUUGCAGCAAAGCCUGCAGCUCGCAAAGCAUUGGAAAGAUGUGCAGAUGGAGCAUUUUUAUUGACAUCUUCUCCACAUCCUGUUAUUGUGGAACCCACAGAACAGUUUGAUGAUGAAGAUGGACUUCCUGAGAAACAGCUGCAAAAGAACACGCAAUAUCACAAGGAAAGGGAGCAGCCGCCACGUUUUGCUCAGCCUGGGACAUUUGAGUUUGAAUAUGCAUCUCGGUGGAAAGCUCUUGAUGAAAUGGAAAAACAACAACGAGAGCAAGUUGAUAGAAACAUCAGAGAGGCAAAACAAAAGCUGGAGGCAGAAAUGGAAGCAGCUCGUCAUGAGCAUCAGCUUAUGCUUAUGAGACAAGAUUUGAUGAGACGCCAGGAGGAACUGAGGCGUUUAGAAGAAAUGAGAAAUCAAGAGCUGCAUAAAAGAAAGCAGAUAGAAAUGAGGCAUGAAGAGGAACGUAGGCGACGAGAGGAGGAAAUGAUGCGUCAGGAGGAAUUACGAAGGCAACAAGAAGGAUACAAGUCAAAUUACAUGGAUAAUAGAGAACAGGAUAUGAGGAUGGGUGAUAUGGGUCCACGUGGAGGAAUUGGCAUGGGAGAUGCGUAUAGCCCAGCUCCUGCUGGCGCCCAAGGCCCUGCUCCACUUAUGGGUGUGAACAUGAACAACCGUGGACCUUUGCUUGGUGCAACAAUGGGACCUGUCCCAGCCAUUAGCCCAGAGGGAACUGCAAAUCUGGGAGCACCUAUGUUGGGAGACAACAGUGGAACAAUGCGCAAUGAUAGAUUUCCUCAAGGAGCUCUUGGUCAAAUAGGCUCUCCUCCUAUGAUUAAUAGGGGGAACUUGAGUGGAACCCCUGCAUCUGAGGCUACUCCUCAACAACCCAUGGCAGGUGUGGGUGCUGUGAGUGGUGCACCUGGUGGUUUUGGUAGAGGAAAUCAAGUUGGUAACUUUGAUGGAGCCAAUAAACGUCGCAGAUAUUAGACAUUUUGAACUGUAGCAAGUACCAUUCCUUUCUGUGACAGUUUAGGAUAUAUGGAUAUCUGGUAAUUUAAAACUAUCAGUUGAGUUUUAUCUGCUGUUAUCUAACUUUUUUAAUGUGACGACGAUAUUUGGAUUUUGUUUUUGCCAUAAAAAAAAAAUUGUUAUCUUUAUAUUGAACUAAAAAUGCUUCAGGUUUUGUCUAAUUGACCAACAACCACAUAAACAUCAUUGUUUAGCAAGUUGGGCUUGCAAUUUGUUUCUGUAGUAUAAAUUUGUUAAAAUGAGACCAUGUUGUAAAAUCCAUGGAAUGAUAAAUAAAACAAAUAAACCAUUUUCUUUUGUUAAAGUAA